AUGCCAUCCGAGGAGAAAGCGCCCCAGGGUCCAUUAGAUAUAGCCCUCCCUCCAUUGGCCCUCCCCUUGCGGCUCCUGAUAGACGUGCAGCCGGGUUAUCGGGCUGGGCCGAACUGGCUGCCGUUCCGCCUCUCAUUGGCCUCGUCUUCCCUGUCAGCAGCUUUACCGUCCCAUUCUCUGGGCUGA